GGUCGCGUAAAACACAACGUGCCACCACUCCGGCCGUCACGUGACGGGCGAAAGGCAGAAAAAGAAAAGAAGUGAAGAAGAAAUGAAGACAAACAGAAACAACGCGGAGAUGCGCCGGCCCGGCGGGAGGAGUCUGCACCUGAAGUAAAGAGGCUGGGGGUGUGAUGGGGAACACACAACUGGAUGUCUGCUGGAUACGAGAUUGACACGUAGGUGAAUAAAGAAUCUGCUGUGGAAAAAGGAGAGAAACGGUAGAAAAUGAAGCUCAACGAACGCAGCGUGGCACACUACGCCACGUGCGACACUCCACCGGACAAAACAGGCUUCCUGUUCAAAAAGGGGGAGCGCAACACCGCUUACCACCGGCGCUGGUUCGUCCUGAAGGGGAACAUGCUCUUCUACUUCGAGGAGCGGGACAGCCGAGAGCCGAUCGGCGUCAUCGUUCUUGAGGGGUGCACCGUGGAGCUGUGCGAGUCGGCCGAGGAGUUCGCUUUCGCCAUCAAGUUCGACUGUGCCAAAUCUCGGGUGUACAAGAUGGCGGCUGAGAGCCAGGCGGGCAUGGAGUCGUGGGUGAAGGCGCUGUCCAGAGCCAGCUUCGACUACAUGAGGCUGGUGGUGAGGGAGCUGGAGCAGCAGCUGGAGGAGAUCCAGGAGGCCGCUGGGGGUGUCUUUGUCGGCGCUGGAGGCCUGCAGGCCAGGCCCAAGUCCUCCAGGAGGAACCAGGUGGCACGCUCCAGGUCUGGAGCAUCGUCGUCCUCCUCAUCGUCAUCUUCUUUAUCAUCCUCCUCAUCAAACGCCCUUCCUGCGUCAGCUGCCUCCGUGGGGCUGAAGAGCCUCCAGGAUGAGGUGCAGCUGAUGUCUGGCCCUUCCAGGGAGAACGGAGUCGCAUGGAGCAAACCGCCAGCCGCCUUGGCUAACGGCUACGCCGAGGGAGCGGCGUCCUGCGUGGCCUGGGACGGCAGCGCAGACUCUGGGAGUGCGGUCGGGUGUGGGGCCGAUGGCGUGAGGGCACCGCCAGUCCCGCCCAGGAGGAGAGGAGCAUCUCUAGAAAGCCCCGUUUCUCCAGGCACCGGCUGCUUCUCCAAACUUCACGACUGGUAUGGCCGAGAGGUGGAGGAGCUGAGAGUGCAGUGGCUGCAGAGCCAGUAAACUCAUGAAGACGGAUCGCCUCACUUUUCCAUCUUAUUUUAUUUUGUUUUCCACACGUGUAUCAUUCCUAAAUAAUCAUUCCACACUGCUGCAUCAUUUUAUUCCGAAGGAAAGUCAAGGCGAGAAAGUCUUAAUAGAAAGCACAACUAAGGUAUGAAAUUGAUCCCAGAGCUUCUCUGACACUCAGGAAUCAAUCUGUGUACAAUCCAAGAAAGAUAGUUUGCUUUUCCUCUUUUAUUUUACCCACCUUUGCUGAGUUAUAUUUGCCAAUGACAGUUUGACAGUUAAGAAUGUGAAAAAAAAAUUACAGUAUUAGAAUGGUAAGAUUUUACUAAAGUCCAUCACAUUGCAAAGAGCUUCACUUUGAGUUUUGCUCAAAUUAGAUAACUUCCCUAACGCAGUGCCUGUGUUUAUGACUUUCCUACACAUCUCGCUUCCAAAUAUAGUGGUGGAAUUCUUUAGAGGACAUUUUCUGUCAAGUCAUAAGAUUUAUUUUUUACUUGCAAAACCAACACUUCUCAUUCCUUUAAGCAUCUGGUAAGCAACAAAAACAACAGGUGGCUGCAACUAAUUUUUUUGUCGUUUUAAGGCUUCAUAAAUAAUGAUUUGAACAUGUGGAGUCAGACAGCUCCACAAAACUCAGGUUGUCACAAUGAUGCAUUAUCUGCAACAUACAAGCUGGAGGAAAGUCCCGCAGCCGAUUGGAUGCGUUUCCUCUUUGUGAGGAAACUGCCGUCGCGGUUCAAGCUCCUGGACAAUUAAUAAUUCAACUUUCAACUCAUUUGGAGUUUGCCACAACUUUAAACCUCUUUAAUUACUGCAUCACAGUCAUGUUGGGACUCAUGUUGAAACGAGGAUCCUCUGGAGACUGAGAACUUUUUUAAAAAUGUGUCCAGAUUCUCCUCUCCCACUAGGGCACGAGUCACCCCGGGGGGCCGUGUGGUUGCUAAUGUCACAGCCCCCUCCCAACAGUCGCUGGGGACCAGCGGUGGAAGCUGGAUGUCUCGCUCACAGCUACACACCCCCUUUAUUUUUAGCCCUUGUUAGCCAGCGGCCAGAUGAGGCUGUGUCAUAAGAGUGCGCAUCACUUAGUUCUCUUUUGACUCUUGCAUUUCAUCAAAGGAGAUGGGUUUUUGCCCUCCAACUUCCACCACUGUAACGCGUCUCCGUGAUUCUCCGCCUCGCUGUAAACAGUCGGAUCUUCAUGAUGUCGAAUUGUUUGUUACAACUGAUUAACUUGAGCGUUACUGAAUGAGUGUAACUGUUAUAGACCUAUGUAUACUGUGCGUAAACAUCUAACCUCUUGGGUGAAACAACAGUCUUAAUAUUCCAUGUUGGAAAAGUAACACGAACAGUUCUCUCAAUAGGCCUUUUCAAAUGACUGCUUAUAUUAUGUUUCUAUAACCAAUCAUAUUUCUGUUUACAUUUUAAUUAAUUAUGUGCCUCGUGCUCAUUUAAUGUACUUGCAACCAUUACCAUAUGGCUACAGCGAUAGGAGAGACCUUGCUUCCCCCUUCCUUUCCGUCUUUCUUGCCAAAGGCCUUUUUUUGUUUUUGUGCAAUCACUUUUUGACAAUGGCUCCGUCACGUCAGUCUGCAUCAAUGCACAUCACUACCAUCGCCCAGCUACGCUGCUUAGGCAGAGAUAUUAGGACAAGCGGUACACUUUAUUCAUGAAAAUACUCUUAAGAUAAUCCAUGGCAAGUGGAUAAUACUCAGACUUUAGUUAUACUGAGACAAGUCACAAUUAUAACUCCGGGAGUUUGAGUAUAAUCACUGACUAAAGUUGUAAAUGUGUCAAAACAUACCAAUCUGCCAAGGGAGAAAUGUAGCCAAAUUGCACAAUAACCAAUCUGAUUGUUGUUUUUUAAAUGCAUUUUUUUAUGAUUCCACUUUUGAAUGAAUACUAUUGUACACAAUUCUUACUAUGGUACCUUGACAAUAUGUUUUGCUGUAAACCAUUCAAUAAACGGUGUUCAUAUU